UUUUCUGAGUGCCGCUGAACGUGGCGAGAGUGUCGUCUGUUGGUUUCCUCGCGUGGAUAUCGUGCAUUUGGAUUUGUUUUUGUGCCGUUCUCUGGAGCAGAACAGAAAUUCACACACGCCAUCGUGGCGCAGUGGAAUUCCCUUGUCGAACUCCUUUCCAAUCACUUCGAGCUUUCUCGAGACGUUUUCUGGUAGUUUUGCCUCUUGUCGCGGUGGACUGUCGUGCGUGCAAUUCUGUGCAUUGGCUCGUGCACGGCUCCUAAUCAGACCGAGGCGAGUGUCUAGUGUUCUCCGCCCGCAAGAGCGUUACGCGAAUCACGGCCCGCAAAGUGGAAAAUUCUGAUCACGGAAGUGCACCCGCCGCUCUCCUGGCACGAAAUCCAGGUGUGCGCCGCCGCUGACUUUGUCAACGGCCAAACGUCAUUGUGCUCCCGUGGAAAGUGACAGGUGACAGGUGAAAAGGCAAAAGUCGUGAGUGUGGGAGGUUGUGAUUUCACAGAUAAUUCCUCGCAGGAAAGUUGAAGUGGAUUCGAGUGCGAAAAUUGCUUGUGUCCUGCAGGAGUUGUGACUACUGCCGACGCUCUGUGGUGUUGUUAUUGUUGCAAGUGUUGUCAGCCAGUGAGUGCUGCCGAAGGGACUACAGUUGAUUCCCGGCUACUAGAACCCAGAUCCAUUGCUGAGGAUUAAAGUUUAAAUCGGAUUUACCUGCAUAGUCGCGCUGCCUUCCUAAAGUUCGACGUCAGAUGGAUUAAACGAGGUGAAUGAUGUCAACGACGCUACUUCAAAACCUUUAACGGAAAAUAAUGCAGAAAUCAUGUUUAGAAAAAGAUAACGAUAAGCACAUCAUGUAUCAAUGACCUAGCAACGACCCACAACAACCUCUUACAACUAACGGCAGCUACUUAACGAUAUACUUACCAUAGAAGGUCUCCUAUUUCUUCGAAUUGUUACAUUCACAUUUGUACCUAGUUGCCACAGGUGUCAUCAGGGACGGAAAAUAAAAUGAUAUGUUCAGGCAAUGGCUUGACGAGCCUGCAACACUACAAAAGCGACGUUAUUAGAUACUUGUAAUAUCUGAAGCUAAGGAACACAGAAAGAAUCAGCCAGCAAGCACCGUCAAACGUGGAGGAAUUGAACUGAAGAAAAACACACAAAACCCAUACAAACGUUGGAUAUACUUCAGAGACUUCCGCAGUCAAUUGCGACAUUAGCCUUAACGUUAGAGCAAAUAUUGUAAAGCUGUAAAAAGUCAAGGGAAAGUAACCAUAAUAACAACAAUAGAUCCACAAUAGCCACAAGCAAAUAACAGAGAGUCUCGCUCUCGUUGGUGGUUCAAGAAAAGAAAAAUAAGAACGUCUUGGGAAAGAAACAAAACAGAGAAAAAUGCCGACUGGAAGUGGACCUAUUUCACCUACGCCACAGAAUAAUUUAAAUGGAACCGAUCGUAAGACUUCCGCCGAUAAUAAUGCAAGCAGCAGUAGCGGACACAGUAAUGGCAGUUCGAAAUUGCCAACAGUGUCAUACGAUCACACAUCUUAUGUGCAAAGGGCACGAGCGACACGUCCAGCACCGCCAAAGCCUUGCGCCAAUCCAAUGCAAUUUGUACAAAUAAAGCCAUGCAAUUUAUAUCAAAGUGCACAGGAACAGUUGAAACGUGCUGAAGAGGUGAAAAAAGUCAAGGAAAUCAAGAAAGAAGAACCUGAGGAUUGGCAAAAUAAUUUGGAUAACUGGAAAUCAUCAAGAAGAAAACGUGUUGAGCACAUAAUUGAUCGUGUUGUUGAAGUGAAGAAAUUAGAAUUGGAGGAGCAUGAUCGCACGCGAAGGAAAUCAAAGACAUUUUCAGAAAUGAUGGAAGAAAAGAAAUGUUCACGACGCGUUACAAAACUAGCCGCCAUAGUGUAUGCAGAAGAUGAAUCGAACGAUUUAAGUGAUUUGGGAAUUGGAACUAGUAGUGCCAGCGGAAAGAGCAGCCUCUCAGAGGAUUGCGACAAUCAAAGUGUUAUGAGUGAUAACGUCGACAACGAUAAGCACUCAAUCGAUUUAGAUCAUCAAUCCAAUCACGACGGUGAAAACGGUGGUACAAGUCGCGGUUAUACAUCAUCACCCGGUUACGAUACAUCCUCAAGUACAGCACCAGCAAGCUCACCCGAUCCAUGUGAAUACACAUACGAAGGUGCCAUUCAAGAUUACAAAACACGCAUUUCAAAAGCUCAAUCCUCCACCUACAACAAUGGCUUCCGCAAUAAUCUAACAGUAACAGGAAACUACUCAAAAGAUUCAACGCCGGAGAGGAUCAUAAGUCAAACUGAAACAACCACGACUUUCCAUAAUACAAGACGGCCCUCUGGAACCAAAAUCGAAAAUCGUUUGAUGAGCUUUGAAAUCAAAUCGGCGUGUGAUCUUCAAAGUGACAAUUCAUUGGGAGGAACUAAAAAGGAUCUUCCAAAAGUUGAUAUUCUGAAGCGGCGCGAAUUGUUUGAAAAGGAGAACUCAGCGACAAAUAACACCGUUGCUGCCUUGAAUAAGCAAGGAGGAGGUUCUAAUGACUUUUCAAACAGCAAAAGCAUUAAAGAACGCCUCUCUCACCUUGAGAAAAAUAAAUCAUCUGCUACUCCUGCGCAGACUGCAGACGAAACCAAAAAGACACCAUCAAAUCGUCUAUCUGGAGACAUUUCAAGUAUCAAAGAUCGCUUACAAAUUCUCGAGAAGCAACCAACAGCCGCAGACAAAGCACCGAAGAUCGAUGUGCCCGUUGUUUCACUAAAAGAUCGUCUCUCAAGCCUACAAAGUGCUGUUACUAAGGAGGAAACCAAGAAACCUGUUGUUCUUAUUGACGAAUAUCAACUGGAAAUGAUGAAACAAGAGGAUAUGAUGAGACAACAACAGCAACGUCAGCUUUUGGAAUUGAAGGAUGAUGCUUCUCAUACUGACGAGGAAAAUAUUCAUAGCUCUCAGGAAAUUCUCAGCAUUCAGGAUGAAUCCAAUGUUGAUACUGAUCGUGAGGAUAGUGGUAUUCACACUACUGACGUUUCCUGUUCAGUGUCUCAAACUGACGAGCAACCUGAACUGCUCAUCAACGAAGAGACCCAUCAUCAUCACCAUAUCAACGCUAAUGAUUGUUUAUAUGAUGAACACCAAGAAAACGAUCAUACCAUAGACCAGCCAGCUGUAUCUGCAGAGGUUGACGAAGUCAGUACCUCAGAACCACCAACUUCAAAAUUGGAUGAAACAUGUCAACUUGAAGCAACAGUCGAAGAUCGAUCGCUGUCAAUUACUACUCCGGAGCCUGUAAACGACCUGGAUGCAAGUGUGAAUGAAGCCCUUGAGAUUGCCUUACAAGCCAUCGAUAGUGAAACUUCAACCUCUUCAUCAACGUCGUCGCAAGUAUCGCAGCCGGCUGAGAACAGCACGGAGGUGAUCACUCAACCGAGAUCAUCAGCAGAACCAAUCUACGAGAACAUCGGUGAAUCUGUGCGCAGAUCAUCCCCGGCGAAACCUCCAAUGGAACCACCGCUGCCCGCACCUAGAUUCCCACAAACAACAGCACCCUUGACACAACAUAAACAACCGCAGCAACAACAACAGACGCUGCACCAUGAUAAACCCUCUUCUGACCCAGAAGAUGACCAAGAACCGUAUUAUCAAGUGCCGAAAAAAAUAGCCGAGCCUCUAUACGAAGUACCAAAGUAUCAAAAGCCAAUUCCCGUGUAUGAAAACAUCGAAAUUUUCUACCCGGGAACCGGGAUCACAGCCCCACUAUCUCCACUUGAUAGUGGUGUAAUGGAGCCACCAAAGGAAAAACCACCGCCACCACCAAUCGAUGAUGCCACCGAUGACGAAGAGGAGACCACGGUGAGGAAGUCAUCAACCAAGCCUGCAAUGGAACCACAAAUGAUCAAUGAUCAACCAAUGAAACGGAUGAACUCAACAAAAAGAAUCAAGAAGGAGCUCCGCAAUAAGAGGUCAAGUUUCUUGGGAAUCGAAGGGUCAAACGAUGAUGAAACCUAUUUGGAAUUGACCGUGGCUCCACCACCUGAUAUGGCACAACUGUUGCAGGAGGAAAGACGACUAGAGAAACAGCUUUAUAUGAAAGCGGGACUUUACGAUAGUUCAGAUGCAGGAGACAGCCGCGAUUCUGGAGUUUCUGAAAACCAUUCCCGACAAAGCAGUGAACCAUUUACAAACUCCUCCGAAGAACAUGAAGAUUUGCUUGUCAAAAAAGAAAAAGAAAUUAUCGAGGUCCUUGAGAAAGAAGAAGAAAAACAGCGUAACGCUCAAAAUUUAAAACCAGCCAUGGAACUACCACCCAAACCACUUUGCAUCGAUGACCAACUACAUGAGAACGACGAAGUUCUUCGUGUCGAGCGAGAACUCCUCCAACUCGAGCAAGAAGAGUUGAAGCGCCAACGUGAAAAUUUAAUUUUACGUGACAGUUUGGCUCGUCACGAUUUAGGACAUGGAGCGAAAAUGCUUAUGUCGGCCAAUCGUCGAUCUAUGAAUGACAUCAACACAGUUUCAAAUGGAGUUAGUAACGGUCACUAUGCCAACAUACCAAAUCAGAUCUACCAAAUCGAAACGGACUAUUGCAAAUCAAUGACGGACUUGCAUGAGACAAAAUCACAUAGAAUGCCUCACGCUCCGCCACCAGUGCCCCCAGCAAAACCAAUGCGAUCCAAUAUUAUAAUUGAUUCCCGUCACAGUUCAGGACUUGUAAAGAUUGCCAGCCCGACGAGAGUUCAGCAUUCACAGUCCAUUGACGAGUUGGCCCCGCUUCGUAAUUAUCAGCCAAAUUAUUCAUUGCAUCCGGGCAAUAUGUCUAGGCACACCCUGCAUGCCUUGAGUGCAGCUCCAAAACCAAAAUUCACUGAUGGAUGGGUGCAAUCUAGAAAUGGAAUUGGGUCAGACAAAUAUAAUAAUAACAACAACACAUGGUUGUCGUACCAAGAGAAACGACGAUCUGUCCCGGAAGGAUUCAACUGCAACAAACACUGGUUAGUACAGGAAGCUGAGCAGAGACGAAUUGAACAGCAACGAGGAAUCCGAAGCAGCGCUAGUAGCUUAAGCAAUGGUUGGUCGAGCAAUAGUUCUUUAACAUCGUCACCAACAAAAUGUGCAAUACAAAGGAAUGGAAGUCAUGAUAACAAACCGCUUCCGGAUGCUGUUAUUCAGACAUUAACACAACGUGUCCAAAGCAAAGGUAUUGGCGAGAGAAGAAGGUUCGAUCCGAUGCAAUCCAGCGUUCUCUCAUCCACCACAUCACUGUUGUCUGUUUCAACACCGCAAUUGAACCAACUAAACGCGAAUACAGCAAUGAUACCCGAAGGAUCAUCAGAUAAAGUUUUAAGUGUGAGUGGCAAAAAGAAGUGUUCACAUUGCGGAGAAGAAUUAGGUCGUGGAGCGGCAAUGAUUAUUGAAUCCUUAAGACUCUUCUAUCACAUCGAUUGCUUCAAAUGCUGCGUGUGUCACGUACAACUGAGCGACGGAUUGAAUGGAACCGAUGUCCGCGUACGCAAUCAGAAGCUCCACUGCCAAAAUUGUUAUUCUAGUGACGACGGCAUAAAAUUCAGUUGUGUCUAACGAGAGACAUCUAUUUUUUAAGCAGCCUAAGAAUAAACAAAUUCAACUUUGCAACAUUAUAUUAUCAUUUUACUAUUGGCGUUUUCCCUCUUACUUUCUUUUAAGGCCUUGUUUCCAUGUGUUUAUGUCAAUAUCAAUGCUUUUUGUGUUACUCUCUAUAUCUUCAGUUGUUAUAUGUAUACGUAUAUGUAGUUACUUGGUAGUUAAUUUAGAUGAGAA